AAUUCGGCCAAAUCAUUCUUUUCAACUCGUGGGCCUGUAGUCCUCUAUACAUUUCGAUCACCAUUCUUCCUACUAUCUCUGCACGUUUAAAAAACGUCCGAACUGGGGGAUCUGAAAACGCUCAUCUGCUCUACUGAUAUUGGAUCAGUGCACGGCCGAUAAGCGGGUGUGCAAUCCACCACACAAUACCAUCCUUGCUUUGACAAGUGCAAUACAUCACACCACAGUGCAACACCCGAUGCUCGAGUCACGUGCCAGGCUGCCAUUUGUCUUCCGGCCCGGCGUGUCUAUCAUUCAUAAGCUCGUCGCCAACUGGCUUCUCACGGACCCCAACUAUGUGAUAGAUUCAGACCCCUCCAAGCUCAAGAACUACCAGGUACAAAAGCACCAGGACAUGGGUGCAUGGUACCUCUGUGGCGGGCGGCUCCGGACAGGAAAAAAGCUCCCUUUGAAUGUGAUCGUGGCACUGGUGAUGAUUACCUGUGCCGUACUCUUUUUCAUAUAUGAAGCACCGUGGACCUGGAGCCACUUGAGCCCAGCGGUGCCGGUUAUGUUUGCUUACCUAUGGUUUCUAACCGCAAUGUUCUUUGUGAAAGCAGCGACGCUCGAUCCAGGAAUCCAGCCCCGGAACCUCCAUGUGCCUUUCGAUGCUUCGUUGCUAGAGAGGCAAAACGGUCCCGAUGAAUAUUUCAACACCGUGUCUUUGCCAUACUUUAGUGACCGAGUGAACGGCGUCACGGUUAAGUACUGCGCCACCUGCCAUAUCUGGCGGGCGCCACGCAUGAGCCACUGUGCCGUGUGCAAUUCGUGUGUACUGGUCCACGACCAUCAUUGCGUGUUCCUCAACAAUUGUGUUGGAUACAGAAACUACCGCUAUUUUCUCUGGUUUCUUCUUACAUGCGUGAUCACAAGCGUGUACUUGGCCACGUUCACGUUCCUACAUUGUUUCUGGUAUAGGUACAGCCAUGUGGUUGAAGACGGUGUUUUGGUGAACUCUUUCAAAGCAUCCAUCUCGCAGUCCCCGGCCACGUUUUUUCUAGCGCUUGCUGGUUGCCUGGCCAGCGUCUAUCCGUUAAUGCUCCUCGGUUUUCACAUCUUUUUGACCGCCAACAACUUGACCACAAGAGAGUAUCUCAACUACGUGCGGCCGCUGGCAGACACCGACGACACCUACGUUAACGUUUAUGACCGCAAAAGUAUGAUGAGAAAUAUGUGGCUUACUUGGGUGGCCACGCCUCAGUGUCUAUCUUUGCUCAGGCCCACCGAACAAUACUUAGACGGUGAUUUUACAAAGGAACGGGUUCCAGUCCUAUCUGCUUAGGAGAAGUAGAAUAUUUUGCAUGGCAACUGCAAAACCAGACUUUUGAUUGCAGCAUGCUU